CCUCCUACACACACUCACACACUUCACUCCACUGCUUCGCCUGCCACUGAAGUGUGUCUGUGUAUGUGUUUUAGAGAGAGAGAGAGAGAGAGAGAGAGAGUGGGUGAGUGUUCAGGUGAGAAAGGUAGAGCGGUGUGUUGGUGUGUGUGUGUGUGAGGUUGGUGUCACAACACACUCGCACUGACCGCAGAAUUAGCUGGACACACAGACACCAGGGUCAUCCGAGGAGGCAGACUCCAGUUCUGAUUGGAAGCUUGUGUCAGAAUGACAGCGGAAGACUCCGCCUCUGCCGUCACCAUGAGCAACUCCAGCCCCUCUUCAAAUUCUAAGCCAGCACCCAAUCACUCAGGCCACCAUGGUUCCAUCCCGGAGGGUGUGGCCGGAGCCCCAAACGAAGGCGCUUUGUUGGCCCUGAUGGAGCGGACUGGCUACCGGAUGGUGCAAGAAAAUGGACAGCGGAAAUACGGCCCACCUCCUAGCUGGCAAGGCCCCUCCCCUCCACGCGGAUGCGAGAUCUUCGUGGGCAAGAUCCCUCGUGACGUCUAUGAGGAUGAGCUGGUGCCUGUUUUUGAGACAGUGGGGCGAAUCUACGAGAUGCGUCUGAUGAUGGACUUUGACGGGAAGAACCGUGGCUACGCCUUUGUCAUGUACACACAGAAGCACGAAGCCAAGCGUGCUGUCCGAGAGCUGAACAAUUAUGAAGUGCGCCCGGGACGGUUGCUGGGCGUCUGCUCCAGUGUUGACAACUGCCGCCUGUUUAUAGGUGGGAUCCCCAAGACAAAGAAACGGGAGGAAAUCCUGGAGGAGGUCUCUAAAGUGACGGAAGGUGUGCUCGAUGUGAUCGUGUAUGCGAGUGCGGCAGAUAAAAUGAAGAACCGUGGCUUUGCUUUCGUAGAGUACGAAUCUCAUCGUGCAGCUGCGAUGGCCAGGAGGAAACUCAUGCCUGGACGCAUUCAGCUCUGGGGACACCAGAUUGCGGUUGACUGGGCCGAACCAGAAAUUGACGUUGACGAGGACAUCAUGGAAACAGUGAAGAUCCUGUAUGUGCGUAAUCUGAUGAUUGAGACUAGUGAGGAGAUGCUCCGUCAGACCUUCAGCCAGUUCAACCCAGGCUGUGUAGAACGCGUAAAGAAAAUCCGCGACUAUGCCUUCGUUCACUUCACCAGCAGGGAGGACGCCGUGGUCGCCAUGGACAACCUGAACGGAACGGAGAUCGAGGGUUCGUGCAUCGAGGUGACGCUGGCCAAGCCGGUGGAUAAAGAGCAAUACACUCGCUAUCAGAAGGCAUCCAAGGGAACCGCGGCCCUGGCCAGUGGCGACAGCACACAGCAGAAUUACGUAUAUCAGUGCGAUCCCUACACACUCGCUUACUAUGGCUACCCUUACAAUACUCUCAUCGGACCCAAUCGUGACUACUUCAUUAAAGCAGGUACUGUAAGAGGCCGUGGCCGAGCCGGAGCCGGUAACAGGGGCCCAGGGCCCCGUGGCUCAUACCUUGGCGGUUACUCAGCCGGCCGAGGCAUUUACAGCCGCUACCAUGAAGGAAAGACCAAGUUGCCGGACAAACCUUAUGAGCUCAUGCCCAGUCUGGAGCUGGCAGCUGUUAACCCAGUGGGCAUUAAGCCUGGCACAAUGGCUCUGCCAGCUCUAGGUACACAGUACCCUGCUGUAUUCUCUGCUGCUCCUGCUGCUACUAAGCUGGUGGAAGAAGGGAAGAUGCACCCAGUGAACCCACUGGCCCUCCAGCAUGACCCUACAGCUGCUACUGCCACUGCUGCUGUCAUCCCUGCAGUCUCCACGCCUCCACCCUUUCAGGGUCGUCCGAUCACUCCUGUGUACGCGAUGGCUCCUAACGUCCAGCGGAUCCCAGCGGCAGCUGCCAGUCUGUAUGGUGCUGGCUACAUGCCCAUUGCCACCCAUGCUAACACGGCCACCCUUGCAGCGCUGCAGAAGAAUGCAGCCGUGGCAGCAGCUUACGGAGGCUAUGCCGGGUACGUGCCCCAGGCCUUCCCUGCUGCCGCCACCUUCCAGAUGCCUAUUCAUGACAUAUACCAGACCUACUGAGAUUACCCACCAUUGACCUUUGACGUGCGUCAGUCCCACUAAGCAAAACAACCCAAAACUGCUGAGCUACACCUUCUUAUGAUGUACAUGAAGUCUACUGACCAACCGCCUGCUAAAAAAGGCCAAAGACCUAUUUCAAAUGACCCAAAAAAGUAAUCCAAACCAACAACUACCCAAGAUAGCUGUCCCCUAUGACCACAUAUUGCACAGAUGAAAAAGUGAGGCAACCAGACCUACUAGCCUACAUUUUUAAGCCCAGAGGUUUUGGCUAUGUUCUUGCACUCUGUCAGACCUACUGACCUAUCUUCAUCUACUGACACAUUGCUUACUCCAGGCAUCACUGCAAAAAGCACUGACCUAGACUUCCGUAACACUGGACUGGCUGGCCUAGAGCUACAUCAAACAUGAAUUACUGUAUCUUAUUUGUAGUCCAACCUAUGACUGACUAUCCUCAGACCGAAACUAACUGACCCAGACUGGAAGCACAAGUGUGGCCUGCUGAUAUCAGUGUGAGUGCUACUAAUGUUCGUCUCUCUGAAGGACACCCUCAUUCCUUUUGUGAUACCUCCUGAAGCAUCUCAUCUCCUACAAUGUGACCAGUGUCCAGCCCCCCUUUCCCUCCUGCCAUAUCCAUUACUCUACAAACAAAGAGCCAAAGUUUAUCACUCCUUCUGUGGUUCCAAAAUUACAUCUCAGACAGAGUGAAGCAAAUCUAACCAAUAUUUUUCCUGGAACAAUUAAUCCGGUCUGAUUCUGCAAAUCUUAGCAAGCUUAGCUAGCUUGUUCAGCCUGGUUGUCUUCUAGUGCUCAAGAAAAGCUUGGGCCUACGAUAAGUGUAAGAAUGUCAAAGAAAAGAGGCAUGACUAGUCUUUCAUGCAAAUAGUUGGUGAGAAAUAUUGAGUGCUAAAACCAGCAGAAUCAAACAUACUGACACUCCAGCUACCACUAGACAUUCUGAACCUUCUUGAAUUUUGAGGGUCAUAGUUGCCCCAACACUCCUCCAGGUGUCACUUGUCAGUCUCCAAGAAGAAUACUGAAGGAACGUUCUUAUAUUUAUGAACCUCACAUACAAAAAUACAGCUUUUUUAAUUUCUCUAUACGCCAUUUUUUCUGAGGAAAAAAAAAAUUGCUAAAAAACAAUCAAUUAAAAUGAGCAAAAUAAAGAAAAAAAAUAAGUUACAACUUAACUGCUGAGCAGAAACCUAAACAACCACUGAAGAAAGACAAUUCAAAGUAUUGCACGAGUUUUUAAUACACAAAUGGGACUCGUUUUCUUGAAGUUGCCACCAUCUGCUGUAUAGGUUGUCUGACUAUGAGUCUAAAUGAUAACACCUAAAUAACCACUUCAGACCUUUUUAUUCUUUUACGGUUUGUUGCGUAUUUGUUAUUGACUAUUGCUUGUAACUUUGCUGUUUAGUUCACUGUUAUUUGAAGGUUUUGAGACAAAUGUUUUAAUGUAUGGACUAUUUUGACAUGUCAGACUUAUUUUCUUGUAAAAUUCGAAAAGAGAAAAAAUGAAAACGCAACACGGGAACACAGACGAUAAACAGCCAUUACAUUUAUAACACAUAUACACUCAAUAGCUAAAUAUGUAGAGCAUGUUAACUCUCAGAAGCGGGAUGCAAUACCUCCAUUGACGAAAGUAUUUUCAAAGACGUGUUCUGUUUUCUAAGAGUUUUUUUUUGUGUUGGAUUGCUGUCCAAGAAUGGAGAACUUUUAGGACCAACACUGCGUUUUGUGUUGGUGGGGUAGCUCUUCCGUGAUAUUGCAUUGUGAAUGUACUGACUAGACUGAAGAAAGUAGAGUUUUUUUUUUUUUAAAUAGGUGGCAGUUCAAUAAUAACUGCCAUUAUGUGCCAUUGGGUUUGUGUCCAGACUACCAGCUGACUGUGGCCAAAUUUGACCUUGUCUGAGCACUUUUUGUGUUUAGACUACUGUGACUAUCCAGUCUUAAUCUCCAAAUUUAGACUAUUUAUCUUUUGUGAAACUGUAAAAAAGUGCCACUGAACUCCAUUUUAUUGGCUCAUCUGCAAAACAUACACUUGAAACACUGUCCAUUUGAUAGAAGAAUGUUUAUAUUGUUUAUUUUGCUUAUUUACGUUAGCUUAUUUUAUGCGUAUUUUCUGAAUUGAACAAAUAUGACCAAGAUUUUUUUCCCACCAUUCUUGUCAUAGUAUGUUCUAUGUAUGACUGUCCGUCCAUGUUUUUUUUUCCUUUUUCUUUGUGUGUUUUUCUCCACAUAGUACCAUGUGUAGUGGAUUUUUUUGACAUUGUAGUAAAGUGCACUUAAACAUAUAUUAGAGUGGGAGAGCUGCAUGGACCUUGUAAACACAAUUAAAAUGCAAGUGUCUUGUAAGUUCA